GAGACUGGCCGAGUGGGUGAAGAUAGAGAUACGGACAAAAGAGAGAGAAAGCUGUUUACUUGUUGACCAGUUAGUCAUCGUCAUACAUGAAGGUACAGGAAGAGAGCAUUAACUGAAGACUGGUUUCCAUGAAGAAGAAGAGAUACAGCUCUUGGAUAUCUGGACUCUCACUGUUGGAUUUUUUGUUUUUUCCAACACAAAAUAAUAAUGAAGAUGUCAGCCACAUUUGGGGACUGAAAUAUGCUGUAGGUGUAUUAUUGCUGCAGGCACACAGCUGCUUCAUUUGGACUUCAAUUUCAGCUUUUAUAUCCAUAAUCCAUACAUAGUGGAAUUUUCUUUAUACUUACGUAAAUUGCUUUAAAUUCCUUUAAGUCACACCACAUACAGAAAAUACACAAAGACAAGCUUUUUUAAAUAUUUAUUCACGCACAUAAUGCUAGGAUGUGGUCUUGUAUAAAAGACUUCUUCACCUAUGAAACCACCAAGUCGGUGGUAGUGAAGAGCUGGACCAUCGGCAUCAUCAACCGUGUCGUCCAACUCCUCAUCAUCACUUACUUCAUCGGGUGGGUGUUUGUCAAUGAGAAGGCCUACCAGGUGAGAGACACAGCUAUUGAAUCCUCAGUGAUGACCAAGGUCAAAGGUUUUGGAAUCUACAAUGACAAAGUCAUGGAUGUUGCAGACUACGUCACUCCUACACAGGGAGCUUCAGUCUUCUGUAUCAUUACCAAACUGAUCACUACAGAGAACCAAGUCCAAGCAUCCUGUCCUGAGAGUGAGAAGAAGUACAUUUGCACCCAGGACAGUAACUGCACAAAGCACCGCAACAAGCCAGGAAGUUAUGGAAUUCUGACAGGGAAAUGUGUUCCUUUCAACACCACCGUCAAGAUGUGUGAAAUAAAAGGAUGGUGUCCUGCCGAGAUCGACACCAUCAAGACUACGCCAAUGAUGGAAGUGGAGAAUUUCACCAUUUUUAUUAAGAAUAGCAUCCGCUUUCCAAUCUUCAACUACACCAAAGGGAACUUCCUUACUACCAUCACUGACGAUUACAUCAAAAGAUGUAACUUUGACAUGGUGAACAACACCUACUGCCCCAUCUUCAGAGUGGGAGACGUGGUCCGCUACGCACAGCAGAACUUCACUAAACUGGCCGACAAGGGAGGAGUGAUUGGAAUAAAGAUCGGCUGGAACUGUGAUCUGGACAAGUCAGAUGACCAGUGUAACCCUUCGUACUCGUUCACUCGCCUGGAUGCCAUGUCACAGAAGAACGCUGUGUCACCGGGCUACAAUUUCAGGUUUGCCAAAUACUAUAAGAUGGAGAAUGGGACCGACUACCGCACACUGGUCAAAGCCUACGCUAUUAGGUUUGAUGUUCUAGUCAAUGGAAAUGCAGGGAAGUUCAACAUGAUCCCUACACUCAUCAACAUGGUGGCAGCCUUCACGUCAGUGGGAGUGGGCACGGUGUUGUGUGACAUCAUACUGCUGAACUUCCUGAAAGGAGCGGAGCAGUACAAGGCCAAGAAAUUUGAAGAGGUGUCCGACAGCCCGAUGGAUUUCCAAAGCAACGGGUUGUACCGCUCCCAGCUGUCACUCCGACACAAUGAGACCAUGAUGAGGUCCAGUGACUCCGGGGCAUUUUCUAUUGAACAUUACAGCUAAAUGGACAGGAGCAACAGCCACUGGUCUCAGCAGUGGACUAUGGAAAACAGAUGUGGGUUGGGUUUCUCUAAAAAUGUUUUGAGUUUUAGCAAUUUUAUGCAUUCAGGGCAUCCCGGGCCGUCUUUAUAUAAUACAGUACCUCAGCGUUACCAAUAUUUUUAUGUCAAUGUCUAAAAAACUUCUGAUUGUUACUAAAUUUAUAUUAUUCUUAAAUGUAUCAAAAGUGCUACAAGCAAUGACGAACAAUAUAUCUUAAAUCAAAUGAAUCAAAUACAAAAGUGUUUUUGCAUGGUGACACAUUUGGCAUGUGACAUUGGCUCAGGAUUUUCCGAGCAAGAACAAAACCCUUUUUGUGUUUAAAAAAGUGAAAUUCAACCUGAAAAAAAGAUUUCACGUUUGAGCACUCUUGAAACUACUGGAAUGCACCACAACUAUAUUAUGAAGGCCUUUUUUUGUGACAAGAAAACAGGAAUAAACAAGACAGCUGGCAUGAA